UUGCCAAGAAAGUCAGGUGGAACUUUCAAGGUGGCCCUACUUCAUCAUCGGGCAUAUUAUAAGUAAAGUGGUCGCUAACUUGCCCCGAAGUAAAACAACAGAGAGUAGCCCCAUCCCUCAUCCCAGAUUUAUUCCCAAGUUUCUCUCCUCCGAAACAUGGCUCAAACAACUCCAAAUCACACACAGACAGUUUCUGGGUGGGCAGCUCACGAUUCCUCAGGCAAGAUCACCCCUUACGUCUUCAAAAGAAGAGCGAAUGGUGUGAAUGAUUUGACCAUUGAAAUCUUCUACUGUGGGAUAUGCCACACUGAUCUCCACUAUGCCCGGAACGAUUGGGGCAUCACCAUGUAUCCUGUUGUCCCCGGGCAUGAAAUCACAGGGGUGAUCACUAAGAUAGGAAGCAACGUAAGGGGAUUCAAGGUAGGGGAUAGAGUGGGAGUGGGGUGCUUGGCAGCAUCAUGUCUAGAGUGUGAGUUUUGCAAGAGCUCUCAGGAGAACUACUGUGAUCAGACUCAGUUCACCUACAACGGUAUUUUCUGGGAUGGUAGCAUCACCUAUGGUGGAUACUCCAAAUUCUUGGUUGCAGACCACAGGUAUGUGGUUCAUAUACCGGACAACCUGCCAUUGGACGCGGCAGCUCCACUCUUGUGUGCGGGAAUUACAGUGUACAGCCCCAUGAAAGACAACAAAAUGCUCGAGUCACCAGGAAAGAAGCUAGGAAUAAUCGGGCUGGGAGGGCUCGGACACAUAGCGGUUAAAUUUGGCAAGGCUUUUGGCCUCCAUGUCACCAUCAUCAGCACCUCUCCCUCCAAAGAAAAAGAGGCUAAACAGCGCUUGGGCGCAGAUGACUUCAUAGUCAGCACCCAUCCCAAACAAAUGGAGGCGAAGAAAAGGACCCUGGAUUUCAUAUUGGACACAGCGUCCGCCAACCACUCCCUCGGAAACUACCUAGAAUUGCUGAAAGUGAACGGGACUUUGGUGGUUGUGGGGGCACCGGAUAAGCCCAUGGAGCUGCCUUCUUUCCCUUUGAUUUUUGGCAAAAGAACAAUAAAAGGGAGCAUCUUAGGUGGGAUGAAAGAGACACAGGAGAUGAUGGAUGUGUGUGGGCAGCGCAACAUAAAGUCGGAUAUCGAGGUGGUGAAGACAGACCAGAUCAACCAGGCACUGGAUAGGCUUUCUAGGAAUGAUGUUCGGUAUCGUUUUGUAAUUGACAUUGCCGGCAAGUCUGCAAAGAUGUAGGACUCCUUGGCUUCAUGUUUGCGUCUUGGCUAGUAUUCAUCUUCGUGAAUAAAAGGUCUACAAGAACCUGUGCUUUGCAAUUAAUUAUCAUCUUAUGUUACUAAA